AUGCCGAGACAGAAGAACUUAACCCCCCAGGAGUUGUACAGAGCGCGAAAGGCCCGCGAAGAGAAAGAAAGGAAUGCGUUACUUCCGCCUGGCCUGGUAAAUCAUGGAAACACAUGUUUCAUGAAUUCAGUACUGCAGGGGCUCAUAGCUACACAAUACCUGGAACAACUUGCCAUGUUCAAACCUAUACCAUUCGUGGUACAAUCGCCCACCGAUGUCCCCGUCGCAUCGCACAGAUCUCCAGAGUUAACUAAUGGACAUGGGGUCGGCGGCGAGUUCGAGCUACCACGAACUGAUGGACUUACCAUCGGUGACACGUUUAUUAACGUAAUGUUACGGGCAUGGGUCAUGCGGAAUAAUCGUGAUCGGGACAGCCUCAGUCCUAGGGAAAUUCUGACGGCGCUAGGGCAGAAACACGACCAAUACCUAGAUUUCAGACAGCAGGAUGCGCACGAGUUUCUUAGGCAACUCUUGGAUGCUAUGCGCAUGGAAGAGAUUGAUAUAAUUAAGAGAAGAUCACAAAAUCAGUCUGUUCAGAAAUCAGGCCUACCAAAACAGUGCAAUGAAGAAGGCACACCAUCCAAGUUCCCAGAUCGGCCGUCAUCCGAUCACUCCGAAGUCAAGAAAACGUCUCAGGCUGGCGAACCACUGCAACAAGCAAACGACAAACCCACGUCUUUCGUCGAUAUGCUCUUUGGUGGAAAGCUGGCUAGCAUUCUGGUCUGCCAAACUUGCAAGCAUGUUUCCCACACGUAUGAAGACUUCAAUGAUCUUAGCCUGAGCAUCAAAGCCGAAGAUUAUGUGCGGGAAAGGAAACGAGACAGGAUAAAGCAGCUGGCUAAAAAGCUACGAAAUAUAUCGAACUCGGCAUUAGCAGCGGUGCCGCCUGUGCAACGUUCAUCUUCCGUACCAGCAACACCAGUCCGGGACUCUUCGGACAGUCCUGAACUGUCAGAAUCCCCAAGGAGACGGAGUAUAGACCUUGCAGAGGUUAAGGUACAAGUUCAACCUGUUGAUGAAGAGAAACAAUCCGGCAUCGAUGCGGACACAGUGGUGAUUCCUAUUAUCCCAGACUUGCCUGUCCCAGUCACGACUCCGCCGAAUUCUGAGACUAUGGAACCAAUACCUGUCACACAACCUUCGGAGGCGACACUGCUGCAGGAGUCAGUUGCCAUUCCUAUCUCUGGCGAGAUCUCGAAAGCCAAUGGAUGGGAGAAGAGGAUCAAAGACGACAGUUGGGUGAAACUCAGCAGGCGUAUAAGCGCAACAGUGGGACUUUCCAGGAGUUCUCGAGAGUCCAGUCGUAGCCGGAGAGAGGAGAGAAAGGCCAAGAAUAGCAGUCCGCCCAAAACAAGCCCUAAGGUUAUCGAAGGACCUGUUGCGCCGCGUACUUCUGCCUCCGUCACAUCAACGCAAGAAGACGCGAACUUCACCAGGUCUCCAAAUACCAAUAUAGAAAAAGAGCCGCCGCCAACUUCUAUGUUCCUUGUGAAUGAGAAGUUGCAGAGAUCGCUGUCUACCAAUCAAAAGUAUCCUGGCAAUCCACUGGAAACUCAAUUUCCUCGGCCUCCGAAACCCAGUGCGGAAGAAGCCGCCUACUUACGUGAUAAUAUUAUUCGACCAUUCUCAUUUUUCAGGCAAUCCAAAGAUCAAGUUGUCGCAAACUCUGGCGUCUUGCAAGGGACGCUCCUAAAACUUGGCCAACUGGGGGGAAUAGAAGAAUGCUUACGGCUCUUUACUUCUGUAGAAGUUCUGGAUAGCGAAAACAUGGUUCGUUGCCGCCGUUGUUGGAAAAUAGCGAACGGCGUAUACAAACCUUCAUCGACAAGAUCUGCGCAGGGCAGCGGUUCAUGCACGGACAGCAAUGACGAUGAUGCGGACCAAAUUAUACCUCUCCCGUCUUAUUCCUAUCCGAGACACGGCCCAGAGGCAUUCAGCGCCGAAUCUGGAUUCCCUCCCCCCGGAAUAGUCACCACCUGUACCCCUUCCGAGAACCAGGAUACCCAUAUUGACGAUACCUCUCACCUGAAUACCAACAUUUCAUUGCAAGCUUCCGCGGCAAAGAUAUCGAAGCCACCGCCUCCGGACGUACUUGUACCUUCAAUCUCAACGGCUCUACCCCAGUCUCCACACUCUGUGGAAACCGCGAGGCCAACAGCUUCGCGACGAAGUACUACGUCAUCUUUUGUAACGCAGUUUUCUCCUGCAACUGCAUCUUCGAAGGGGACUUCGCUAAGUGCUCCAUUUGACUGGCGUCGAAGGGACAAAGAUCGGGUUUCCGAUAGUGCCACCGAAAGUGAUGGUGUAUCGGAAGAUAGCGACAUGAUAUAUGUCUCCUCUGACAUUUCAUCCGCUGCUUCCCCCACUUUCUCGCCGAAUGUAUCCCAGGAACAACUCGAGUCUACCUCGCAGCCAUCUCGUGAUACUCCUUCGAAGACAAAGACAGAUCAAUGUGACGUUCCCCGCUCCGAGCAGGUGCUCAUGCGGCCGGCCUACAAACGUUAUCUCAUUGCAACACCGCCGCCGAUCCUCCAGUCAUCAAAGACCCCCGCGACGUCGUUUGCAUCGGGCUUCAAGAAGCUUGAUGAUUACGUUUCGUUUCCUGAAUACUUGGACUUGGCCCCCUACCUUGCCCCUAGGAGAGAAGAUUAUUUUGUCACGAAGGCAGCCGUGGGGCGGGGCCGUGGAAAGAGAGUAGAACCAUGCACGUAUCGACUGUAUGCUGUCGUCGUACACAUUGGAAACAUGCUGGGUGGGCAUUAUGUUGCAUACACUGCUCUCCCGCCUUCGACGUCUCAAAGCAACCACCCUGGCAAGGAACAACAUUCGCCAGACAGAGCUCCCAGAGAUUGGGCUUAUAUCAGCGACACUGUCGUCCGGCUUGUCUCAUUCGAAGAAGUCAUGAAGACCAAAGCUUACAUUUGCAUGUACGAGCGGAUAUAA